AUGGAACCUUUGUCACCGUCAACAUCCCCAGAGCCCCAGACUCGUCCCUCAGGAUCAAAGCGAAAGCGCGAAGAUGGAGAUGAAGAUGAAGCACCCGCUGCACAAACCAAGGCCGCAAAGCGCAAGAAGGCAAAGAACGCAAAGAAAGCAAAACAGCCCAAGGAUAUUGAAGAGGACGCUCUGGAUUUGGAAGCCGGUGUCAACCAUGCUAUUGCCCACAUGGACAGCCAGUUGCUGGCCGAUCACGUCGCCCAGCGCACUAAGCGCUUCCACACCGAGUUGAGCGACAUGGAGUUGGAGGACAUGCACUUACCAUCACACGCCAUUGUUGACACGACAUCUUGGGACAAGCCACGCAACUUGGAGAACCUACCCGCAUUCAUCGAGCAAUUCAAAGACGAACGAAGAAGCGACAAACCAGGAAAGACUCUUUCGGAUGCCGUCAAGCAAAAAUCCACACCACACACAAUCGUCAUUGCUGCUUCCGGUAUCCGAGCCGCAGACUUGACCAGAGCUCUUCGCAAGUUCCAGACCAAGGACUCGUUGAUCGCAAAGUUGUUCGCCAAGCACAUAAAAUUGCAAGAGGCUAUCAAGAUGGUGAAGGAGGCCAAGAUCGGUAUGGGCGUGGGUACACCUCAGAGACUGAUUGACUUGUUUGACGAUGGUGCUCUCUCGGCAGGAAGACUCGAGAGAAUCAUCAUUGAUGCAUCGCAUAUUGAUUCAAAGAAGCGUGGCAUUCUUGACAUGAAGGAGAUUGAAAGCCCCCUAAUCAAGCUGUUGACCAGACCCAGCUUCAAGGAAAAGUACAACGAGGACAAGAUGAAGAAGAUUGAACUCAUCUUCUACUAG